AUGGGGGGGGAGAAUUGCAAAAAUUGCCUCAUCUGCUGCAGAAGUGGCAAUGGGACAACCCAGGCCAGCUCAUCUGAUCAUGACCGUUACCAAGCGGAGGAAGAACAAGGGAAGGAGAGAAAAAAAAAAAGUGACAUCAACAGCACUUACGGAGUGCCAAACCAUAUUGCUUCUCUCUUCUUCAAUCUCAGCCACAUGCAUAAAAAUAAUUUAAGCAGAGCCGAUUGCGUCACGCCCAGUAAUGGCGCCGUGAGAGGAAGUGGCAAAUUUUGCGGUGAAGAUAGCGCCAAAAGUUCCGCAAAAAGUAGCGGUAAAAAUUGCGGCAAAAAUAGCGCCAAAUUUUGCGGCAACGAUAGCGGCAAAAAUUGCGCCCAAAAUAUUGGCAAAAAAAUUGGCAAACAUAUCAGCAAAUACAUUGCUGAAAACGAAGACGAGGACGAAGACGGAGACCGAGGCGACGGGGAAAACCGCAGCAAAACCCAGGGCCAAAGGCAAAGGAAAGGAAUUAAAAAAGCGGGAAAAACAGCAGCGGAAACGAGAAGGACACCACGGAAAGGGUUGACCGAAGCGGGAACUGCAUGGCACUUCGUGAGGAACGGGAUACGCGACGAACCUUCUGGCCAGAGCGAAGGGGGAAAGCAGGGGGGCACCCAUAGAAGCGGUAAUACCGGCAGCAAUAGCAGUUGCAGACGUGGUAGCAGCAGGGGAAGAGAGGUCAGCAGCGCGCCACGAAGCGACUGUGCCCACAGUGACCCCCGCUUUAAAAAGAACUCAAAACAGAGCCAGCCUUGGGGCGAACUAACAAUGAACAACAACAGUUAUUCCCUCCCCGAUGCGGAGGGCUUUGCAGAGGGGGGUUUGGACGCGCACAAGGAGAGGUACGCAGAGGAGGAAAAUCACCCCCAGAAGGAAUUCGAACAGAGGGUUAAGAAAAAUAAAAAGAAGAAUCCCAAAGGGAUCGAUGUGGAUGGAAGUUUACCCGAAAGAGGAAGAAUCGGGGAAGUGGACCGACGAGGCCAUCACCCGAGUAAUAUCCACGAAGAAGAAACCAAAGAAAGUACGUCCAAAUAUACACACAUAGUAACUAGCCAAAAAAAGAAGAAGAAAAACUCAAGUGAGAUUCACGAUGAGGGGAAUAUCAAUGACGAGAAAAAGACAUCUAUGAAGGACAACGUGUACGAGAAUUUCAUAAGGGAAUACCAAAAUUUGCAAUCGUUGUUUGCGUUUAAUAAGGACAAGAUGGGGGAGGAAGAGGAGGAGCGGAAGGAGCCGCAGAAGAAGGACGAACCCUUUGGAGGAUCACUCAGUAGAGUAUUCGACAAAGACGUGAACGAAAGCUUCCUAAGUGAAGAUGUCUUGUCGAAGAAUCACCUCCGCACGGUGUUAACAAGUGAUGGGUACACCAACUCGAAGGGAGAAGAACCCUCCCAUGAUGCAAAGCAGGGGAAGCGAGGGAAGUCUAGUGAGUCAAAUCGAAGCGAUAAACGGGUGGAAUCUUUGGAGAAACUCUCAUUCAAUUUUGUCCCUAAUAAUCAUACAAAAUCGAUUGACAAGGGAGAAGUUGAAGUGAUUCCCAGGAAGGAUUCCCUUCGAAAUGGUGGCAAAGGGGUUGGUGGAAAUGACGAUAGUGGCAGCAGUGGGGUGGUUUCUAUUGGAGAUAACGGACAGGGGAAGACCAACUCGAGUGGAAAAGAAAAAAGCAGCGGGGUGAACGAAGGAGUGACACAUGCACACGCUAUAGAAAAGAACAGGGGGGGCUCAAACCCAGCAGAUGUGGACCGCUCCGAGGGGGGCGACGACAAAAAAAACAAAACAGAAGGAAGCAGCAGAUAUGUGAAACGAGAAUCGAGUGGUGGAAGUGUGCAGGGGAUGAGACAAAUUGGAAGUUUCCAGAGAGGCGCGAAGGGGAACUCCCAAGAUGGAGAGACUGACAUGAACAGGGCGCCAGAUGAGAAUUCAGAUUUGUUGGAACGCAGCGAUCUUCUCCAACGCGACGAUCUGCUUGGGAAGACAUCCCUCUUCAGCAACAAAACGGUACCAAACGAAAACAACUAUUUUGAAUACGAAGCGAACAACUCGAAGAAACUGCUUCAAAAAAAGAUGAGCAACAUAUACAGCAUGAACGGAUCGAACUUGACGUUCCACCAGGAUUUUUUUAAAGACAUUUUAUUAUUAAAUGAAGAAAAAAAAAAAGAAAAAAGAAAAAAAAAAUCGAGCAAGCAACACAAUUUUGAUCACUUCGAUGAGCUGUCCUAUUUCGCCGAUGUGAAAAAUGGGAAACUUUCAAAGCACAGGAAUAAUGAAUGCACUCACCAGGAGGAUGAAUUUAUCAAACGUUUGAGAAGGGAGAAGUGGGGUGACAGGAAGGGCAGCAGUGCUGGGAAGGGCGUUGCAAGGGGGAGGAAGAGCUUGAAGGGAGAAGAAGAAGAGAAUGAGGAGGAGGGCGACGAGCAGGAUGACGAGCAGGAUGACGAGCAAGACGACCAGAAGGACGACCAGCAGGAUGACCAACACAGCGACGAUGACUAUGAAGACGACCAAGUGGAGAGGGGGAAGGCCGCAGGGGAAGACCUUUAUAGGGAAAAAAGUGAUGACUAUGGCGACUAUGAUGGGGAAGGCGCAGAAGGACGCAGUGGUUACGAACACGACGAUCGUGAUGGUGAUAAUAGCUGUGGUCACGAAGACCUUCACGAUGGCCACCACCUGGAAAAAAAACCGCAGGAGUCGAGCGGAAUUCACAAAGAGAGAAGGAAGAAAAAAAAAUUCCAGGGAGAGCUCACCAGGAAGAGCAAAAGUGGGAAGCUGGAAAGGGUGAAGAUCGUGGAGGAAGAGGAGAAGAACAAACCACACAAGCGUAGGAGCGUGAAGGAGAAGCGGAACUCCAGUCGAACCAACAACAAUUCGAUUUGCUCCCUAGGGGAUGAUGACUUUUAUGAUGACAAGGGAGGAAAUUUCCCUUCCCAUGACGGGGGAGGCCGCCUUCACGACGCGGUAAUUGCAGAGGACGCCCCCGAUGACAACCUCUACGUGGAUAUGCUGGACGAUCUCCCAAGAGAUGAUCUCCAUAACGGGAUCCUAGCUUACUCAGACGAUGUGCAUAACGCAGAAGAAGGAGCAACCUCGGAAAAGGCAAAAAGAAAACGAAAGGGCAGUCGACGAAAAAAAGACAAUUUUAGGGAAGAAUACAUGAAGGUGUUUUUCAGCUCAGUGCUCGAUAACCAACUGUAUAGAAAGAAUCUGAACGGUAAAGACUUCCGUCACAGUUUUGCCCUAGAGGGGGAUCAGCAGCGGGAAGAAGACGUCGGAGAAGACGACGGAGAAGACGAAGGAGACAAUCGACACGAGAGAAACGCGCGAGAAAAACAUAUGCUGAGGAACAUCUCCAAAGUAAUCCGAACGGAAAAUAUAAACACCGAGAUUGAGAUUCUGCGAAACGAAAUUCUGCAGACGAAGAUGUCCAGAGACAGCCUAUCCAAUGCGGAGAAGAGAAAGGGCGGACACAAAAUUGGCAGCCAUGUGGAGGUGACCCAUAGGAAGAAGAAGUUCUACGAUAAGGAGGAAGAGAAAAGAACGAGCUACAAAGGGGACUACAAAGUGGACCCCCGGUCAGGCAAAGAGGGAAGUCAUCACAAUACGUUUGCUUCCACAUACUCGAAGGAGGAAGAUGAUGAUUACUAUACCUUCCACCAUGAAAAGAAAAAAAGAGAAUCUCACGUAAAGCUGAAAGAUGCUAACUUCGAAGACGAUGACAGAGUUAAAAAAUUAAAAAGCAGAAGAAGAUUCCCAGGGAAAGAUACAGUCCACUCGUUUAAUGACGAAGGGAGUGGGAUACCUGCAGAACAUGGAAACAACAACAGCGGCAGCGGAGGAGCAGGACUGCACCUGAACAAAAGCCUCGAAUUUUUUUCCAACAAUUUUUUAAGUCUGAAAAGAUUAAUCGAAAGAAAAAGUGUCGACACAAAUUACGACGCAAAGAGGGAAGACGAUUACGUAGACGGGGCAGACGAAGAAGUAGACUUUGACGUAAAGAAGAAAAAAAAACAUUCCCACGAUGAUUAUGAGGAUGUACAGAUGAUGAAUAGAAGCGGCCACAGGAGCGGCCAAAAGACUAGCCGCGCACUCAGGAUUGAUAAUUUUUUUGGAAUGAAUAAACGGAACAGUGAUUCUUUAAGCUUUUACCCGAGCUUCACUAAGGAGGAUGGAAAAAGUGGAAAGGGCGACCACCGCAAGAAGGGGCGCGGACGUAGGGAUAGCGGAGAGCGCUUCGACUCGGGCUUCGGCGCGUGGUUUGGCACUGGCUUCCGCUCCGAUUCCGGCGGGGAGCACACUGGGACGGCUCGGCGCGCGCAGAGAGGCGCAAACGGUGUGGAAGACGCGGAGGGUGGAGAUGACUCGCAGGGUGGAGAUAGUGUGGUGGAUGCGGAGGAUGGAGAUGAUCUGGAGAACACAAAUGGCGUGGUGGAUGAGGAGGAUGGAGAUGAUCUCGACAACGCAGAUGGUGUGGUGGAUGGAGACUACGCGGAUGAUCCAGUUCCAAGUUCCAGACGACGUAAGGGGGAGAAGACCUUCUCCGCAGGAAGAGCGGCGCACGUGGUGGCCGGCCGCGCAGCUGGUCGUUCGACUAAGGGUGCUUCACGCGGCAGGGCCGAAAAGGACGCAGCGGAGGGAAAAAGCGGUGAGGAGAAGCUACAGAGUGAGGAGAAGCUACACAGCGAGGACCAACUGCACAUUGGCGGACCCCCAAAGAGCCACAAGAACGUGAAGAACAUCUUGCUCUCCCUAGAGUUAAGCAACGAGGACAAAAUAUACAAAGUCAGGAAGAUUUUGUAUUACUCGUCUAGUGAGGAGAAGAAGCUCAUGCUCAAUGAGAUAUUAAAUACACUGUAUGUGUACCCCCAGCUGUACGUUGCUUGUAUUAUCUGCUUGUUUUAUUUAUUCAUUUUGGAUAACGAAUUGUUUGAAAGGAAUUUCAAUUCGGAUGAUUUGGUCUAUCUGUUUAAUGAUAAAAUUGACUUCAGAUAUGCAGAGUGGUUUCUGAAGACAUACAUUUUCUAUAAGUUUAAGUUUUCCAGUGGGACUCAUUCCAGUGAGUACUACAAGAAUUGUGUCCGGAGUGCUGUUGGGAGUGACGGCAAGCGGGGCAGUGUUGACUUGGAGGAGGGGGAGGCAUCCCUCGAGGGAGGGCCUGUGUCAAACGGGGAUGAAGUGGCGGUGGAAGAGGCAGGGAAAGCAGAGGGGGAACAGGCAGACCAAGCGGCAAAAAAAACGGAAGACAAAGCGGAAGACGAAGCUACAGAUAGGCUUAGCGAUAGGACCGCCAACCACCGAGUAACCGCCAUCGCGCGAGACAGGCACAUAAAGAACAAAAUGUUCGACAUUUUCUUCGAGGGGUACCACUCGAGCGUGGACCCCACGGACAACUACUUCUUCGAGAGGAAGAGACACAUGGCGAGGGGAGGAAGGGAUGCAAACGACCUCUGGAAAAGUAUAGAGAAACUGAAAUGUGUCGGAUACAAAGAAUGCAAAACGUUACUAAAGUUAUGCUUAAAAAAUGAAAAACAGAAAAACAUUAAUGAGAUAAAAGCAAGUAAAAUACGAAACUUAGUCAUUUCAAUCUGGUCUAAUAUCUAUACCUCUCGUCCGAAGAAAUCUUUUCUGAAAAUAAUCUUUAAUUGGCUCAAUAGCAGGGAAGACGAUUUAAGCAAAAAAAAGAACUUACUUUAUUUGCUGCAAGAAGAGAAGAAGAAAAACGUCCAUUUGCAGAAAAUCUGUUUUACAUACUUUUUGAAGCAUAUAAUUCGAUAUAAGGAGGAGUGCUCAAAUGAUUUGAUCUACUCGCUGUACCUAAUUGAGGAGAGUGAAUUAAAAAGAUAUUCUAGGGACUUUUUUGAAAUGAACCGAAUCGAUGUUAAUCAGUUUAUCUCCAUCUGGAAUGUCCUGUGUAUCCUUUUUUGGGAUACGAAGAAGAUUAACGACUUUGCCUUUUUGCAUAAGAGCAAAUUUUACUACUACGAUUUUAUGCUCAUUUUUUUUAGAGCGUUCUAUGAGUAUGUGUGUGUCAAUAAAGGCAUCGAGCGGGGCGCACUCUACUUGAGGAAGGCAGUGCCCGCGGAGGGUGGAGCGACAGCAGGAGUGGCAGCAGCAGCGGCAGCCGCAUCUGGAGCAGAAACAGCCGAUGCCGCCGCUCCCCCCCGCAGGAGCACCUCGUUGUCUAACUGCUCCUCCAAUAGGGAUGACACGCCGGAGGAUGAAGGCGAUGGGUACCUGAACCUGUUUGACGUGGAGAACAUAAUUAACAAAUUUAACUUCGACGAUUUUGUCAGCAAUGAAAUGCGCAGCAGCAGCUACUUCGAUGCCUUCCUGGGGGGAGGAUCCUGGGCCAGGCGACCAGGUACGGGAGAGGCGAGUUACGCGGUGAGAUCGAACAUCGAUACGAAUGCAGUUGGAAGCCUCCCUCUGAGUGCACUACGAACCACGCACACCAACGAACUUGGCCCAACGGGGGACCAUUACAGAGGGGUGGUUUCCGAGCCCUUCCCUGCGGAUAAGCCGAGGGAACCCACAAUCCAGGGCGGCCUACAGCCCACCUUCGCAAGGAACAGCGAGAGAAGCGCAUACCCAAACGACAGCAACGAAAUGGAGAAUUUACUCCUCCUAGGCAUCUGUAUCAAGAUUGUUAUCUGUAGAAUAUCGAACCUCCUGAAUGCCAAGUCAUGCCUAGAGCAGUUUCAUUAUUUUCUAAACAAUCCAAAACUUGGAUUCAGGACCUUUAAAAAUGCGCAUCUGGUUCUUGUUUAUUUCAUUCCCUUUUUUAAGAGGUACUUUUUUCUUUGGAAAUUUAUUGAGCACGAAAUUGAUGUAGAGAUUAUGAGGCUCCUUCAGGACGUACUUAAUGACUUAGAACUGAUUCAGGCUUCUUCCUCCUUGGGGAGUGUCUUUCCCGGUGUCGGCACUCCGCAUCAGUUGUUUGGAGUGAGCAAUCCACCACGUGUGGAUGAAAUGGCACAGGGAAAGAACCUCUAUGAUCGGUGCCCCGAAGGGCGGCUCCCCCAAGGGCGCCUUCCCGAACGAUUCCAGCCCCCCUUCGGAGAAAGAUCCUACCUGAGGAGCAGUACGUGCAGCUCUCAAAACAGAGGUGCGUUCCCAACUGAAGGAGAAAAGAAGAUAAACACCUUGGAGCAUUUUUACCGGAACGAAAAGUUGAAUUUGUAUUCAGAUAGGAAACACACGAUGGGGGGAAGUGGGCCGAAUGGGGAGAGGACGCAUGAGGAUGGCGUCUUCUUUGCCAGUGGGCGGGGAAGGGGUGAUAGGAUCCUCCAGAGCAGUGGUCACCAGGGUUAUAAUGGCAACCCUCACGUGAGGAACGGAGGGAGGGGGAGGGGAUCAACACCCAUGGGCGGGGUGAGCAUAUCUCAGAUGAGCAUACCCCAGAUGGGCGCAGUUCAGAUGGGCGUGGCCCUCUGCCGCAGUGAAGAAGACACGGAUGAAAACUGCAUCACCUACGACGACAUGUUUAGAAAUUACGACAGCGAAGGCAACUCGGAGGGAAGAGCCUGCCUCGAUGAGAGUUGCAAUGUUAAGGAGUAUAUAACCAGUCUACACUUUAACAAUCCGGUUGAGGAGAGAAUACUCUCCAGGAAGAAGGGCUCUGCCUCGCUAUGUGGGGAGAGGAAAGCAGGGAGAGACAACGACGACGGGGAGGAGUCUGCCACCAACGGUGACCAGGUGGAAAAAGAAAGUUAUCAUAACAAGGAAGCAGGCGCCGCUCUGGGAGAGGAAAACAGAUCGACAUAUCCACACGAAUCGAAAGGGGACCUAUUCGAAUCGAACCCCAUGCGUGUAGGAAUAUUUCCCAUGGACUCUUCCACCUCCAGGCAAAGUUUAUCCAGCCAGAAUUAUCACAUCAGCAGAGGGGAGUAUAAAAAUGGAGGGACAAAGGAGCUAUCGCAUGGGAAGAAGAGUAGCGGAGGAGGAGCGGCGGGGGGAGGUAUUACUUCUAUGAUGAUGCCACCUGACCCGUUCGCAAGUGAGAACAUCGUGAUGAAGAAAUUCCCAUCCCUGGGGGAGCUGCAGUCUGAAGAGGAGGAGAAGAAACAACAGAAGGCGCAGAAGCAGCCGAAGGAGCAGAAGAGUGCAGUGGAUCUGGGCCCCGAGUCGGCCAAGGGACUGCCAUUAAGCACUGAAAGGCAAAGCAAGGAAAAGAAAAAAAAAGACUCUCUGAAAAGCAACGCAACAGCAAAACGAGACGGAAAUAACCCCAACAUCGUCGCCAAUCAGACGGAACAGAUUGGCAGACACGCCAUCAAUGGACCGCUAAAUGCAUUCCCGUAUGAAAAUCCGAUGCAGGAUGUCACCCCCCUUGGUAGUGCAGUCAGUAGGAAUAUUUGUAUAAAAAGGAACCCCCUUAGUGAUAACUAUCAGGAGGUGGACUUCACGACCAGCAUUCCGAGAGGGAAGAACAGAUCAGGGGAGACGAACCAAUUCGGAGAGACGACCAAAUCGGGAGAGACGAACAAAUUGGGAGGAGCGACCAAAUCGAAAAGGAGAGGAACUGCUCCAAAGUAUCUCAUGCUAAAGGUAGACAAUUCUCAGUUCAACAAAAUGACGAAGGGUAAGCUGAAGCAUCCACCGAUUGGAUUGGUAAACUUAGGAAACACAUGUUACCUGAAUAGCCUGCUUCAGGCCCUAUACAGCACCGUGUCCUUCGUGGUGAAUUUAUAUCGGUUUAAUAUUAGAGAGGAUCCAAAAGACGGAGGGCAAAACAAUUCGAAUCCAUUUGCGGAGAAGGAGAGCCCUACUUCUGGGCCCAAUGGAACCAACAGCCCAAAGGGAGCAAUCCACGGGAAUAGAAGCAUGUACGGAUUAAGUAACCUGAAUAGCUCACUAGGAAAAAUGAACACUCUGAGUAGGCUGAAUACACUCAAUGGAACAAUCCCCAUCAGCCAUGUAACAACAGAAGAGUCGGAGAGAUUUCUGCAAGAGUUAAAAAAUUUCUACAUUAUAAUGACAACGACGAAGAAGACAUACGUUUCGCCUGACUGCAUUUUGGGUCUCCUCCCACAUGAGCUGAAUAAUCGAAACCAACAAGACGUGACAGAACUGCUUAGAUACAUUUUUGACAAAUUGGGAGGAUCAAGUAAAGAGUUCCUACGAUUGAUAUUCUCAGGUGUUGUUGUUCAGAAGGUCCAAUGUCAGAAAUGUUUCUUUGUCUCGAAGAAGGAGGAAGUCAUUCACGAUUUGUCCUUCCCUGUUCCUGUCAAGGCGUCCGAGAGACUAUCCAUUCAGAAGUUUUUUGAUACCUUUGUGCAGAAGGAGAAGAUCCAUGGAUCAAACAAGUACCGCUGCUCCAAAUGCAACAAAAAGAGGAACGCCCUCAAGUGGAACGAAAUCGUCUCUCCGCCUUGCCACUUCAUAUUGAUCCUUAACAGAUACAACUGGUCCUUCAGCUCCAACGAAAAGAAGAAAGUCAAGACGCACGUGAAGGUUAACUCGAAGAUUGUCGUCAACAACUUUGACUACAAGCUGUAUGGAGGCAUCAUCCACGGAGGCUCGUCUGCCUCCUCCGGCCACUACUACUUCAUCGGGAAGAAAUCUGAGCGGGAUCCGCAGGACGAAGCGAAUGAAUGGUACCAGAUGGACGACUCGGCGGUCACCAAGACGAGCUCUAAGAGUAUUAAUAGAAUUUCUAAGGACCCCUCCAACGACCACACUCCAUACGUUUUGUUUUACCGCUGCAAGCAGGCGCCCCCCUCCCCUGCCCUCCACUUCUAG